AUGCCUGGCCACCCCGCCAACGCGGGAAAUACUCGGUCCUCCAAUCGGGCGAAGAAUGGAGAGGCCACUGUGCAGGGCCAAGAAGCGUUGAACUGGCUUCUACGAGAUGAAAUCGCUGCCUUUGAGCGAUUCAAAGAUCCCGCCGAGCAACAGCUCACGGCCUUGGGAGGCCCCAUAGUCGCUGGCCCGGCCCCAAUCCCAGUAGCAGAAGCAGCAACAAGAAACUUUACUUCAUUCUUUGCACCAGAGCCUGCCCCGUCGUCCUCGCCCCUCUCCUACCACAUCUACUUCGAUGUCCUCUCUGCCUCUCUUAUUAUUGGAAGAAAAUUGGGUGUCCAGUAG